UGGCGCUAGAGUGUCUGGUGUACUGUAAGCUCCCAGGAGUUUCACUCUUUUAGAGUUUGACCUGCUAUUAUUUUUUACUCCUAUGACGUUAAUGGACAAUCAUGUCUGAAGAAGAAAACAAGGUUUCCGAUGAACUUUUUAAAGAUGUCAAAUUCUACGUGGUUGGGGACAUUGAUGAAAAGGUGGUGCAGCUGCUGAAAGCAGGAAAAGGAAAGGAGGUGUCCUACAAUGCUCUGGCUACUCACAUCAUCGCAGAAGACGGGGACAACCCCGAGGUGGGCGAGUCUCGAGAGGUGUUUGACCUGCCUGUUGUCAAGCCGUCCUGGGUGAUCCUGUCAGUGCGAUGUGGAGACCUGUUACCAGUCACUGGAUUCUCUCCAGAGUCAGGACAGAUAUUCUUUGGGGUGACGGCUUGUCUUCCCAGUCUCCCAGAUGAUCUUAAUGCUCUGUGGGCCUAUGUGACUUUCUAUGGAGGCGAAUGUCAACUUAACCUCAACAAGAAAGUCACACACUUAGUGGUGAAAGAGCCAAAGGGGGCCAAGUUUGAAUGUGCUCUCAAACAUCCAGGCAUCAAGAUCAUCACCCCAGACUGGAUCACUGACUCUGUUAAAGGUAAGAGCAGGAAGGAUGAGGCUCUCUAUCAUCCUCGCCUCACCUACGUGGAGCCUGAUGAAGACGAGGAGAGUGAAGCAGAGUCUUAUGAGCACUCUCAUUCAGACGGAAGCUACAGCCCGCGCCGCUCCCGCAUGUCCAGCGGCGGCUCAUCCGGCGAGGAGUCCAGCCCCCGCAGACGACCCGGACCCAAGAAGCUGAACUCUGUCUCGCCGUCGUCCCCCCGCAAGCCCGAGCGCCGCAGCGAGCGUAUGUUCGACGACUCGGACGACGACUCCUCCACGGAGAAGGAGGGAACCAACCUGAACUGGACACCGGCAGAAGUGGUCACGCCGACACCUCCCGUUACUACAGGAACAGCCAGGCGGAGGCCAGGCCCCCCCGGCACUAAAGACCCCGUGUCAUCUACAGGCAGCGGGCUCAUCAACCUGUGUGCCACCGUUCCUCCUGUUCCUGGAGGAGGAGGAGCCAUGCCAGCUGAGGCUCGCUCUGCUGCUGCUGCUGCCAUCACUCACACUACACAGCAAGGAGGUGUGUCAGUUCCAGAGGGCAUCCCUGGGUGGAGUCCAGCUGCUAGAACGCUGCGCAACAUCACCAACAACUCUGACAUGCAGCCAGCCAAUCGGCCUGCCAACGUAGCACAUAUCAUCCAGAAUUUGACAGCCAAUCAGACCAAGCCAUUGGAGCAGCAGACCAAUCAGAGCCAUACUCAGACCCCCAACAGUACCAAUCCUCUGAUGUUUAAUCAGUCUAAACUGGCGGGGCAGCCCCUCACAGCAGAGCAGCAGCAACAGUUACUGCAACAGCAGCAACAGUCACACCAGGCUGCCCAGCAACAACACCAACAGUUACCACAGCAACUGCAACAUCCCAUGAUGCACUUGCAGCAGCAACAGCAGCAGCAUCAAAUGAUGCAGUUACAUCACCAACAGCAACAACAUCAACAGCAACAGUCUCAGGUUGCACAACAACAACAACAACAACAAGCCUUCCCACAGUUGCCGCAGCAACAGCAGUUCCUGCAACAACAGCAACAAAUGCACCAACAGCAGAUGUUUUCACAGCAGCAACAACAACAACAACAACAGCAGCAGCAACAGCAGCAGCAGCAGCAGCAGCAGCAUGUAUUCUCCCAGCAGCAGCUGCGACCCCAGCAGCUCCUGCGGCCCGGCCUGCAGCAGCUGCAGCAGCAACAAGCACUACAACAACAGCUGCAGCAGUUCCAGCAGCAGCAGCAGCGCAUGCAGAUGUUACAACAGCAGCAGCAGCAGCAACAAAAUCAGCAGCAGUUACAUCAACAGCAUUUGCAGCAGCAGCAGCAACAGCACCAACAUUUCCUACAGCAGCAGCAGCAACACAUGCAGCAGAUGCAGCAGCAGCACCUGCAGAGCCAGCAGCAGCAGCAGCAGCAGCAGCAGCACCUGCAGAGCCAGCAUCAGAACCAGCAGGCCAUGCAGCAGCAGCAGCUCCAGCAGCAGCAGACCACGCUGCCACCUCAGCUCCAGCAGCCUCCACUGAUCUCCCAGCUGUUUGGACACGAGCCAGGACAAGAGAUUCCACAGGACGGCUUCCUGCUUGGCUGUGUGUUUGCUGUUGCUGACUACCCAGAACAGAUGGCUGAUAAACAACUGCUGGCCACUUGGAAGAGAGUCAUCCAGGCUUGUGGAGGGGCUGUAGACCCUGCUCUGACCAGCCGCUGCACACACCUGCUCUGUGAGAGUCAGGUCAGCAACAUGUAUGUACAGGCUCUCAGAGAGGGGAAACGCUGUGUAACAGCACACUGGCUCAACACUGUACUGAAGAGGAAGAGGAUGGUUCCUCCUCAUCGGACACUACAUGUGCCCUUUGCUUUCCCUCCUGGAGCCAAGCCUUGCUCACAACAUAUCAUAUCAGUGACUGGCUUUGUGGAUGCUGACAGAGAUGAUCUGAAGUUGAUGGCCUACCUAGCUGGUGCCAGAUACACUGGAUAUCUGUGUCGCAGUAACACUGUCCUCAUCUGUAAAGAACCCAGCGGGCUCAAGUAUGAGAAGGCCAAGGAGUGGAAGAUCCCAUGUGUGAAUGCUCAGUGGCUGUGUGAUAUACUGCUGGGAAACUUUGAAGCACUGAGACAGAUCCAGCACAGCAGAUACUGUAUCUACACUCACCCUGAACCACUGGUGCCUAACCCACAGCUGGUCCAGAACCUGCUGGCUGCUUGGAGAGCUCCCAUCAAAGUAUCAGCUGAAGCUUUAGCGAGUCUGCAGCUGAUCCAGAAGCAAAAGCUCACUGACUCCACUAACCAGCCAGCCAAUAAGAAGGCCAGACUGGAGGAGAUCCAGUCUCCCAGUAAGAAGCUUCCUCCAGAGUCCACACCUCGAGUCAUGUUCACAGGGUUUGAACCCACACAAGUACAACUGUACACAAAGAGGUUACAUGCUUUAGGUGGAGAGGUAGCAGACAGCAGUCAGAAAGUCACUCACCUGGUGGCCAGCAAGGUGACCCGCACUGUCAAGUUCCUCACCGCCAUGUCUGUGGUGAAACACAUCGUCACCCCCGACUGGCUGGAGGAGAGCUGGAGGAGCCAGAAGUUUGUGGAUGAACAGAGCUACAUGCUGAGGGAUGCAGAGGCUGAGGUGUUGUUUGCUUUCAGUCUGGAGGAGUCACUAAAGAGAGCUCACAGUGCACCGCUCUUCAAGGGGAAGUAUUUCUACCUCACCCCUGGGAUCUGCCCCAGCCUCAGCACCAUGAAGUCCAUCCUGGAGAGUGCUGGAGGGAAGCUGCUGGCCAAACAGCCCUCCUAUAGAAAGAUCAUGGAGCACAAACAGAACAAGAACCUUCCAGAGAUCAUCUUAAUUUCUUGUGACAACGAUCUACACCUGUGUAGAGAAUACUUCCUGAAAAACAUCGAUGUUCACAACGCUGAGUUCAUACUGACGGGAGUUCUCACUCAGAAACUCGACUAUGAUUCGUAUAAAUUCACUUGAUGGCGAAGCAGAGAAGACCUGAAGAAGAAGAAGAGGAACAGCAACCUGUGUACAGUCCAACCACACUGACUUUUCUAUGUUUUUAUUCCUGUGCAUAGAUAUUGAGUCAUUUUGUAGCUUUUUGUUACAUGUUUGAGAAUGAAAUAAAUGGAUGUUAUUUUUGUGAAAUGAAUGUUUAAAUUAUGAACGAUUUUAACCUUUUUCCUGUUAUUAAAAUAGAAUGUGUAAAGGCCUCAGCUCCAACACGCUGCUUUUUGGAAUAAAAACAGUAAAUUAA